AUAUUCAGCCCGCUACGCUCACGCGUGGAGUUUUCCCCUAGCUGGCCUCAAGAACAAUUCUGCAGUUAUCUUUAUCGUAGCUACAUGGUGAACUAACUGUAGAUAAGCGAAAUGGAGCCGGCUGAUAGGCUUCCAGAAACAUACAUAUCUGACUUCCAUGAUAAACAUGCCGUGUUGCGGAUGCCGGUUAAUCCUUUGGGGAAAACAGGCUUACAUGUUUCUAAGAUCAGCUUCGGUGCAUCAUCUUUAGGAAAUGUUUUUCGUUCGACCAAUCAAAACGAGUCUUUGGAAGUCGUUCGGGAAGCACUACAAAAUGGGAUUAACUACAUUGACGUGGCGCCAUGGUAUGGACAUGGCUUGGCAGAGGAGGUGUUAGGGAAGGCGUUGGAAGGAAUUCCUCGAAGUGCUUACUACAUGGCGACAAAAGUGGGUAGAUAUAAGCCGGAAGUGGACGAGAUGUUUGAUUUUUCAGCUGAGCGAACACUGCGGAGUGUGGACGAGAGUUUACAGAGACUGGGUUUAGAUUAUGUGGAUAUAAUCCAGGUCCAUGAUAUGGAGUUUGCACCAAAUCUAGAUAUUAUAAUAAACGAAACACUCCCAGCAUUGCAGAAGAUAAAACAGAGUGGAAAAGCGAGGUUCAUCGGCAUCACGGGUUAUCCUCUUGAAAACUUUAAAUCAGUGAUAGAAAGAAGCACAGUGAAAAUAGACACCAUUCUUACGUACUGCAGAGCCUGUAUCCAUGACAACAGCCUCCAGGAUUACAUUCCAUUUUUCCAAGAAAGAGGGGUUGGAGUGAUAAAUGCCUCUCCAAUAGCAAUGGGUCUCCUGUCAAAUCGAGGACCUCCAGAGUGGCAUCCCGCUAGAAAGGAAAUCAAAGAUGCAUGUGCGAAAGCAGCGGCGUUUUGCAGAGAUCAUAACUGCGAUAUAUCCAGACUAGCAAUGGAGCACACGCUGGGACUACCGGGAAUCGACACUACACUGUUUAGUACCGCGAGUUUGGAGAAUCUUAGAAAGAAUAUGACAGCAAUCAACUCUCCGCUUUCAACAGAGGAAGAAAUGGUUCUGAAGAACACAAUGAAAACAUUUAUGGACCCACUAACAUCUCACCAUUGGGAGGGGGUAGAGGUAGAUGAGUACAAGCGACAACUUAAAGGAAUAAACACCAGUGAAACAUUUAAAUUGGGAUAAAGCAGCUCAAACAUAACUCUUUGGAUUAAAAUCAGUUAUAUCAAGACAUUUUAUCAAUCCUGAAUUUGUCACUUACGACGUCCACAUGAAUUUGUCACUUACGACGUCCACAUGAAUUUGUCACUUACGACGUCCACAUGAAUUUGUCACUUACGACGUCCACAUGAAUUUGUCACUUACGACGUCCACAUGAAUUUGUCACUUACGACGUCCACAUGAAUUUGUCAUUUACGACGUCCACAUGAAUUUGUCAUUUACGACGUCCACAUGAAUUUGUCACUUACGACGUCCACAUGAAUUUGUCACUUACGACGUCCACAUGAAUUUGUCAUUUACAGGGGUAUUCUGGUUCUCUGAAUCAUUGUAAAAAAAAAAGCCACUACAAAUGCUUUAACUAUUGGUGUAAAUGAUAAGUGUUACAGUUCACAAUUGUAUAUUUUCAUAUAGAAAGUAUCAUUAUUUUCAUGUACACAUAAGUUAACAUUUGAUUAUCAACAAAUACUUCAAGAUUAGGAGUGUGAUGGGACUUUUCAAAAUACACAAGGACGUAACCGCAGUCAUAGAAAUCGUUCAUAUAAAACACCAAGUAUACACGCUGUUA